GGCGCGGCGGGACAGGUGUAGCCCGCAGUGGCCAGCCGCGCGUGUAGGAGGGUUGAGCCCGCUCGGCUGCCUGGAGUUGACUCGCUGCUCCAGGAACUCCGCAGGCAGCGUCGGCGGGUGUCACUUUGCAACACAGAGGCCAUCACCUCGGGCUGUUUGAGAGUCCGCUGGGGACGGAACCCUGCCCGCCCGGGCAGGGUGCAAAUGCUCGCUACCCUUGGCGGGUCAGGCUCUGGCUCCUGGACUUAGGCGGCUCACUGGGCCCGCGCCGGCGCCUCCCCCAUGCUGCUUGGAGCGUCCUGGCUGUUGGCGUCCAAGGCGGCGGCCACUACAGCUCGGAGUGAGGGCGACGACAGGCAGGGUGAGCAGCAGCAGGAGGCCCAAGCGAGGACUGACGAGGAUAUGGACGAGUCAUCGCUGCUGGACUUGCUGGAAUGCUCCGUGUGCCUGGAGCGCCUGGAUACCACGGCCAAGGUGUUACCAUGCCAGCACACCUUCUGCCGUCGCUGUCUGGAGAGCAUCGUGUGCUCGCGCCAUGAGCUACGCUGUCCCGAGUGCCGCAUCCUAGUGGGCUGUGGUGUGGACGAGCUGCCCGCCAACAUCCUGCUGGUGCGCCUGCUGGAUGGCAUUCGCCAGAGGCCCCGCACGGGCACCAGCCCGGGGAGUAGCCCUCCUGCGCGUCCGGGCCCCGGUACGUUCCCGGCGCUUGCCGGUGUUCCAGGAGGUGCGACCAGCAGUCCCCCGCGUUCCCCGGUCUUUCUUCCAGCUGCGGCAGGUAGCUCUACCUCCAGUUUGUGCGACGUGGCGUCUAACAGGAGCAUGCCAGUGGCCAAGAAUCUAUCCCAGCUUCCCUAUGGCAAGGCCCUCUACAGCUAUGAGGGCAAAGAACCCGGUGACCUCAAGUUCAACAAAGGGGACAUCAUCAUUCUGCGGCGUAAGGUGGAUGAGAACUGGUACCACGGGGAGCUGCAGGGGACUCAUGGCUUCCUCCCUGCCAGCUACAUCCAGUGUGUCAGGCCCUUGCCACAGGCUCUGCCCCAGGGCAAAGCCCUGUAUGAUUUUGAGAUGAAGGACAGAGACCAAGACAAAGAUUGUCUGACCUUCACUAAGGACGAAGUCUUAACUGUGAUCCGGAGAGUGGAUGAUAACUGGGCGGAAGGCAUGCUAGGAGACAAGGUCGGGAUUUUCCCACUCUUGUACGUGGAGCUCAAUGACUCCGCCAAGCAACUCAUUGAGAUGGACAAGCUGUGCCCUGCCGCUGCCGCCACUGCAUGCAACCAUGACGCCCUCCUGCCCUCCGACCCCAGCACAUUAGCCAGCGUGGCCUCAGGUCCCACCCUAAGUAGCUCAGGGGCAGUCAGUGCCUUUCAACGGCGUGUGGACAGCAAGAAGAAUGCCAAGAAGCGCCACUCUUUCACUGCGCUCAGUGUGACCCACAAGUCCUCCCAGGCGGCCAGCCACAGGCACUCCAUGGAAAUUAGCGCUCCGGUGCUGAUCAGCUCCAGCGACCCACGUGCUGCAGCCAGGAUUGGGGAGCUGGCCCAUCUGUCCUGCGCCGUCCCCUCCCAGGACUCCUCUUCAGCUGGACCUGUCCCCACAGCCCUCCCACGAGCUGCCGCGGUGGCUGGAGACCAGGGCAUGUCUCCCAAAGUCCAGCUGCCCCUCAACGUGUACCUGGCCCUCUAUGCAUACAAACCCCAGAAGAAUGACGAGCUGGAGUUACGUAAGGGGGAGAUGUACCGCGUGCUUGAGAAGUGCCAGGACGGCUGGUUCAAGGGGGCGUCACUGAAAACCGGGGUCUCCGGGGUCUUCCCCGGGAACUACGUGACACCCGUCUCCAGGAUUCCUGGAGGAGGGACUGGGUCACCCUGGAAUAAUGUGCUCGGAGGGUCCCCAUUGGCCAAGGGGAUGGCAACCAUUAUGCAUCCUGGAGGUGGCAGUCUGAGCAGCCCAGCCACUGCCACCAGGCCUUCUCUGCCUCUCACCAGCCUGCAGGACCACAUGCAGCACCCAGCCACCUCCCUCCCAACAGGUAGCUGUCUUCGGCACACUGCUCAACCAACAGCCAACCAAGCCGGGGGUUCCACCAUCCCAACAGCUACCCAUCCUUCAGCCCAGGCCCUGGACCGACCAACUGCCACCGUGUCGCCCCUGCGCACUCAGACUUCUCCAUCCCGCCUACCUGCCACCAGCCUCCGCCCCCGUUCCGUGGUGUCCCCACAGCACAGCCAGCAGCCCCCCACGCAGAUGUGUUCCCGGCCAGUCAUUCCAUUUACAUCAGCAGCGUCGGCCAUCACCCCUCCCAACGUCAGUGCUGCCAACCUCGGUGGGGAGGUUGGAGGGACGCCCAUCGGUGGCCUCUCCAUACCCAGCCCCAUCAACACAGGGUACAAACCAGAGGACAAGAAAAACGAAAAGAAGGAAAAGAAGACUGGGCUGCUGAAGCUGCUAGCUGGGGCAUCUACCAAGAAGAAGUCACGCUCCCCACCAUCCAUAUCUCCAACCCACGACCCCCAGUCGGCCCUGGAUACCUCACUGCAGGGUGCUGUGGGCCCUGAAGUGUCCCCAUUGACCGUCCACGGCAGGGCAGGUUCCUGCCCCAUAGAGAGCGAGAUGCAGGGAGCCAUUGGAUUGGAGCCACUGCACAGAAAAGCUGGCUCUUUGGAUCUGAAUUUCUCUUUGUCCCCUUCUCGGCAAGCAACUCUGUCCAUGGCUUCCAUCCGCCCUGAACCUAAGCCACUGCCCAGAGAGAGGUACCGUGUGGUGGUCUCUUACCCUCCACAGAGUGAAGCAGAGAUUGAACUAAAGGAAGGUGACAUCGUCUUCGUACACAAGAAGCAUGAAGACGGCUGGUUCAAGGGGACUCUGCAGCGGAAUGGCCGCACGGGCCUCUUCCCAGGCAGCUUUGUAGAGAGCUUCUGAAGGCCGCUGCUCAUGUCCAGUUCUGCCUUCCCGGAGAAGGUACCCAAGAAAGCACCAUGUGAGCAGAGGAAGCCUUGUCACCUAGGUCCCAGAGCCCUUCUAAAGCACCUGUCAGGAACAACCAGACUGGGGUGAUGACGCGGUUGUGAAGUCCUAGUUGAAAGCACAUAUGGAUGUCGUCUUGGUUGUGACAGCCGUACCCUCAUGUGACAUGUGGAUGUCGUCUUGGUUGUUAAGGCCAUACCCUCAUCGAAAGCACACAUGAGUGUCCUUCAGGAUCAUGCCAUGAGUCUCAGUGACCAGUACCACAGAAAAAUUGCCCACGUAGACAAAUGCACUACUAUUCCACCCAGCAGCUAAGGCAACCUUAGUUGUUGGUGCACGGUUGGGAGCCUGGGUGUAGAGUGGGGCCGUGUGCUAGGGCUGACAGCAAUGUGGAGUACCUUCCCCGGCUGUCCUGGGUACCAUUCCUCUAUAUACCUCUGACACCUGCCAUCAAGCCCCACAGACAGGGCAUUUGUGGUUGAGGAGCCUCGCAUAAGGGCUCUGAGUCUCCCAAGGUGUCCAGUGGGGUCCUGUUGGGUACUACAGAAUCCUUAUGGCUCUAUCUCCUACCAGGAUGAUAAGGAACACAUUUUGGUUUUGCCACCACUGUCUCUGCAUUGCUUCCUUCGUAUGGCACCUUUUUAACGUACAAGUCUUAAACUUUAUAUAUUUCUAAUAGGUCGGACGCUGCAUAUUUUUCAUGCAUCUGGUGCUGAUUUUUGUAAAACUAGAAAUCACUUGGGUAAGCUUCAAGGGAAAAAAAUGGAGGUAACAUCAAAGAAAAGUUUUAUAUAUUUCCCAUAUGAAGUUGGGAGCAUACUGAAAAAUUCCUAUCUGUAAAAUCAAAACGUUGCCUGGUGUUCCGCGAGGUGAGGGAGAAAGUCUGCCGGGACGGUCACGUGGAGUCGGAGAGGGUCUUCCUAGCUGCUGGCAAUAGCCUAAACCACAUGCUCCGUCUACAUAGGAGUGGUUAUGAUUUUUUUAAAAAAAAUGGAAACAUUUUGAGAAAUUUAUUCUGCCUUUUUGUGUGGAAAGGAAACACAUACGUGAGUGUGCGCGCACACACACACUGACCCCUGAAGCUCCCUUUGAUUGCUUUAGAGAGAGUGGCUAAAAAUAGCAUUCUUAAAGUGUGUCUUGCUGCACAGCUCAGAUGACUACCUUACAAAGGUUUUGUCUCUGUUUCAAAAAUAAGUAACUUCCCAUAUCAGGCCAGGCAAAAUUCCAUCUGCUAGAGACCAAAGGUACCGGGAUAAUAAGAGUCUAGCUCACGACUCCAGGCUUACAGGGUCUGGGGACGCUGGAAAAGGGAACAGGAUGGUUUCUUUGGCCCUGAAGCCUUCCUGUAAAGUUCACUGGGACAACAGCUUGCUUCCCAAGAGGCUGGCCUGAAUGGCCAUCAAGAGGUGUGAGUGGCACACUUAGAAACACUUUUUUCCACCUCAGAAAUCUCAAUUUGUGAACCUCUGUGUACAUUUUUUACAAAACCACCCAGCCCUGUGUCAGCCUUUGGUAUCAGAGGCUAUCACUAGUUUUUGUAAUAAAAUAAGGACCACUUAUCCUCAAAGUUCCUAUUCGGGGCUAUGAUUUAACUGGGCGUUACCGCCACAUGAAAGUAAUGACACCCAGGGAAAGUCUCUUCCUCCUUGAUAAUAGACUUAUUGCAUAAGAAAACUGUUCUGAGCCAAUGAGCUUAGGCAUAGGGGUCCCUGUGUGCAGGGUCAGUGACAACCACAAGGUCUCUGGUCACUGCCACUGCUAAACUACUUGCCCAUCCGUGCACAGAUCUGUGUAUGGUUAAAUCCAUGCCGUCACCAGGGAGGUGUAGCAGGCUAUAUCCUGGGAGAGACAUGUUUUUAGUGGAGCCAGAGCUAACUCUGGUUUCUAGACAAUGAAAGUCCCCUUUUUUCUCCUCAACAAGAUCGAUUUGGAGUCAACAUGUCAACUUUGACUUGUCCUCCUUUCUCGUGAUGGUGAGGAGGUAGCAGCUUGAUAGAAUGCUGAGGAAAGUAGCAAGGUUUGGACAACACUAGGGGGACCCUCUCCUAGCAAAGUCCUGGGUUUACACAGGAACUGCCUUGGGAGGGAAACAGGGCCCCAGGGCUCAUUCCAAGGUGGGGCUCUUAAAAAUGCAUAAUGAGCCCCAUGGUCUGAGUAUUUUGAAUACUCUCAAACCCUUUAACUUUCAAAAUCAUGUAUUCCACAGUCCAGAACAGAAAAGAGGUACCUUUCCUUAUGUACCUUUGAGGACACAUGUCUUGGCUACCAAAAUGUGAAGCCAGCAGCCCAUCUAGAAACUUCUCUUUCCAUCCUGGCCAGCAGCAUGUACUUCUUACUCAUACAACAGCAUUUGGUGGCCAGGUGGUUUUCCUUGAAUAGUUCUCAGCCCUUCAGAUUGAGGGUCACCAUGGAGACAGUUCAGUCCAGCCCCAAGAGGAUUGAAGGAAGGAACAAGAGAGAUAAGACAAGAUGGUCUGUGGUGGGGUGAGACUAUAAGGCUGGACACUCCAAAACCAUUCCAGGUGACGCGGAAGCCCUUGUACUUUGUACAACACACAUACACACAAACGUGCAAGCACAUGUCCCCACCCCCACAUAUGUUUCUAUUAUACACCAAUGUCAGUCUGUGAUUUUGGAUGAAUUGACAGUAGUGGCAAACUCUGAUGCCUGUGUUUCUGAGUCUUUAAAUAAAAAUGACCAUGGA